AUCCACCACACACCAUAAGAGCAACACAAUUGGCAGCUAACCCGCUGUUCCUCCAGACCGCUGAGAGCACACAGUUAUGGAUUCAAUAUGGCUGACGACACACGUAAAGUUCGUGUCGAAGAGCAACUGAAGAUCAAAAUAGGGGAAGCAAAAAGUCUCGUAGGACGCAGCAGCAAUGGCAGUAGCACCACGUCAUCGAAAGAAAACCGAGAUGUGUACUGUACGAUCGCGCUCGAUCAGGAGGAAAUUUGCCGGACGCCCACAAUCGAGCGUACACUUUCACCAUUCUUUGGUGAGGAGUACCAGUUCGAGAUACCGCGCCCGUUCCGUUACCUCUCGGUGUACGUGUGGGACCGGGACCGGCACCUGAAGCAAGAUAAACCAUACGGCAAAAUUGCGAUCCGGCGCGAAGAUCUGCACCAGUACAAUCACAAGGAUCACUGGUUUCCGUUGCGGCCGGUCGACGAAGAUUCGGAGGUGCAGGGUAUGGCUCAUCUGCUGAUCAACAUCGAUGAUGGCGUAGGCAACCUGAAACAGCACACCGGCGAGUUCGAGGACUAUCGGUAUCUAACACAACCGACAACCCUGUCCUGGCUACAUCAGCAGCACCAACAGCAGCAGCAGCAACAGCAGCUUCUUCACCAAAAUCAUUUAAAUCAGCACAAUCUUCACCAUCAUCUGAACGUUCACAGUACGCCCGGGAGUGGUGAAUCGAAGGAAAACAGUGGCAUUCUUCCAUUUCAUCCGACCGCACACUCGCCAAACCCGUCGUCCAACAAUGCGUUGAUGUCGGUUCAGCUAAACAGUUCUGUCACUAGUACAAAUCUAAAGUUGUUUUACCCUACAAAGGGUAGCAACAAUGCGCACACACUCCUCGGCGGGCCUGUGGAAGGUGGCGGUGGUGUUGGUGGUGGUGGAGGCGGUAGCCAGAUGGCGCCUCUAUUGAAACUAUUCGAUUCCAACCAUACAUCGCCGCUUCUACUGUCACUGUACACCAAUGGCUCGGGCAAUGGGGAGCUCGGGCAUGGGCACGGGUCCGGCGGUAUGUUGGUCGGUGGAGUAACCAGUCGGAUCACGAUCAAGCUAACCGAGUGUGUGGACUUAGCGCGCAAAAAUGGUCUCUGUGAUCCGUACGCCAUCGUGGUGGCGCACUACUCGAACAAAAAGACCAUCACCAAACGGACGAAGGCGCGGAAGAAGACUAUCAACCCAUCGUUCGACGAAACGUUUAGCUUCGAUCUGUGCAUCGAUGCGUGCGGGAGUGACUCGUCGAAAAGUGAUAGCAACAACAUGUACACGGUAAUGCCGCUCGGCGGUGCGGACCUAUGUGAGGUCGUCAUUAGCUUCAAGCACGCCAGUCCGGGCAUGGGCGAUGAUGUGUUUUUGGGCGAAAUCCGUAUACCGGUGCGGGGGAAGCAGCAACAGAAUGCGGUUCAACCGAGUGCCUGGUACUUCCUGCAGCCACGCACCAGCCAAUCGCGACCUACGCGAACGUGUGCAACGCCACCCGGUACACGGCUGUCCUGCAACAAUUCGCUCGGUUCGUUACGGUUGAAGCUAAACUACACCUCGGACCAUGUGUUUCCGCUGGCGACAUACGAUCAGCUGUACAACGUGCUGAUCCAAUCGAUCGAACAAAAACCGAUCACUGCCAGUGCGGUACACAUACUGGGCGAGAUCAGUCACAACAAGACGGAGGUAGCGCAACCACUUGUCCGUCUGUUCACACACACCAACGUGAUUGCACCGAUGAUAAAAGCGCUGGCCGAUCAUGAAAUAUCGAAGCUAACCGAUCCUACGACAAUCUUUCGCGGCAACACGCUAGUGUCGAAGAUGAUGGACGAAGCGAUGCGGCUGUCCGGGUUGCACUAUCUGCACGCCACGUUACGCCCCAUCGUGGAGGAAAUCUUUGCCGAAAAAAAGCCGUGCGAAAUCGAUCCGUCCCGUGUGAAGGAUGUCGGUGCGAUCGAGGGCAACCUGCACAAUCUGCAGGACUACGUCGGGAAGGUGUUCGAAGCGAUCACAAAGAGUGCGGUCAAGUGUCCGGCGAUAUUGUGCGAAAUAUUUCACAAUCUGCGCGAAUGUGCGGCCAAGUAUUUCCCGCAAAACAAGGAAGUUCGGUACUCGGUGGUGUCGGGAUUUAUCUUUUUGCGGUUCUUUGCACCGGCAAUCCUUGGACCUAAGCUGUUCGAUCUCACGACCGAACCAGUGGACGAGCAAACUACGCGCACUCUUACGCUGAUCUCUAAAACAAUCCAAUCGAUGGGCAACCUGGUCAGUUCGCGAUCGGCACAGCAACCGUGCAAGGAAAAGUACACCGAGCAGCUGUAUAAAAAGUUUUGUACGGAGCAGCACGUCGAAGCAAUAAAGCACUUUCUCGAGGUGAUCUCGACCGUCGGCGCUACCAACACUGGCGAUGGGCAAUCGAGCAUACUGGAACCAGUAGUUCUUAAAGAAGGGAUGAUGACAAAACGUGCCCAAGGACGGAAACGGUUUGGCAGGCGGAACUUCAAGCAGCGGUACUUCCGGCUGACGACGCAAUCGUUGAGCUACGCAAAGGCCAAGGGAAAACGACCCAUCUGUGAUAUACCACUAGCUGACAUACUGGCAGUCGAACGGCUCAACGAACGGAGCUUCAAGAUGCAGAAUAUUUUUCAGAUAAUCAAAAAAGACCAGCGCCCUCUCUACGUACAAACAGCAAACUGCGUGGAGGAAAAGGAAUGGAUCGAUCUGCUAAGUAAGAUCUGCCAAAGCAACAAAGCCCGCCUGGUAAAUUUCCAUCCCCGGGCAUACAUCAACAGUGCUUGGACAUGUUGCAACGAAAGUGACCAAUACGCGCCAGGCUGUACACCUGUCUCAUCAUCAAGCCCGAUCCAGAUGGAGCUCGCAACCGCGCUCGAUCCUGCGCGCGAUCUACAGCGACUCCAUUCGCUCAUCAUUGCCAACAUUAACAGUCUGGAGGUGCUGGAUCCGACGACGGCCUACGAAGAUCCGAUGGCAGCUCGGAAAACGAUCAAAAAGCUGAACGAAAUUGCUACCACGCUGGAGCAGAUUCAUCGCAAGUACAAGUCAAUGUUGGCGCGUGACCUCAAAUAUGGUAGCCGGCAGGCACCGAUCGGGGACGAUAACUAUCUACAUAUGCCUCGGUCCGGCAUUACGGCAGUGAUAGCGGCCGCCAGUGCAGCAGCCGCAGCAGCAGCAGCAGGUACUACAACCGGAAGUGGUACGAUCAGCAACGGAUCGUCAUCGGGUAAUGCGGUGGGUAAUGGCAGUGUUGGAACGCACGGUAACGGUGGGAUCACUGUCUCGACCCAGCAUUAUCCCGAUGCAAGUUUGGCACACUUUUUCCCCCACCGUAAUUUGCUAAUGCGUGGCGCGGACGGAGGUGAUCCGUUGACGCAAUGCUAG